AUGGCAUCCUCUGCCACCCUAUGGAUUCUGCUGGUCUAUCCUGUUGUGUGCCACACCAGCAUUCAUAGCCAGAGCCCUGGAUACAGUGUGGCAGCCAAGAAGGAGAUCAGCUUGGAAGGCGACCUGGUUAUUGGGGGCCUGUUCCCAGUCCACGAGAAAGGAAAUCCUACAGAGGAGUGUGGCAAGAUCAAUGAACAUCGUGGCAUCCAGCGCCUUGAAGCUAUGCUCUUUGCCCUAGAUGAGAUCAACAAGAACCAGCAGCUUCUGCCAGGCAUCACCCUGGGAGCUCACAUCCUAGACACCUGUUCCAAGGACACCUAUGCCCUAGAACAAUCGCUGGAUUUUGUGCGUGCCUCCCUCACCCGAGUGGAUGGCUCUGAGCACAUCUGCCCUGAUGGGUCCUAUGCCAUCCAUGAUGAUGUACCUACAGCUAUCACAGGGGUUAUCGGAGGUUCCUACAGUGACGUCUCCAUUCAGGUGGCUAACCUACUGCGACUAUUCCAGAUUCCCCAGAUCAGCUAUGCCUCCACCAGUGCCAAGCUCAGUGACAAGACUCGCUACGAUUACUUCGCUCGCACUGUCCCACCAGACUUCUACCAGGCGAAGGCUAUGUCUGAGAUCCUGCGUUUCUUCAACUGGACCUACGUCUCCACGGUGGCCUCAGAAGGCGACUAUGGAGAAACAGGCAUCGAAGCCUUUGAGCAACAAGCCCGGGCUCGUAACAUCUGCAUUGCCACCUCUGAGAAAGUGGGCCGUUCCAUGAACAAGAAGACCUUUGACGGGGUGAUCAAGGCCCUGCUGCAGAAGCCCAGCGCAAGGGUGGUGGUGCUAUUCACCCGGAGCGAAGAUGCCCGAGAGCUUUUGGCAGCCGCUCAGAGGAUCAAUGUGUCCUUCACGUGGGUGGCCAGUGAUGGCUGGGGUGCUCUCGAGAGUGUGGUGUCUGGCAGUGAGCCAAUAGCUGAGGGAGCUAUCACCAUUGAAUUGGCUUCCUACCCGGUGCAGGAAUUCGCAGUGUACUUCCGGAACCUUGACCCCUACAACAACAGCCGAAACCCUUGGUUCCGGGAGUUCUGGGAACACAAGUUCCAGUGCAGCUUCCACAGCCAGAACUGUAGCCGCUUCUCCCUGAAGACAGGCAAGUUUGAGCAGGAAUCCAAGAUCAUGUUUGUAAUCAAUGCGGUCUACGCAAUGGCGCACGCCCUGCACAACAUGUACCAAGCGCUGUGCCCCAACGCCACCAAGCUCUGCGACCCCAUGAAGCCUGUGAACGGCAAGCGGUUCUACAAGGAAUUCAUGCUCAAUGUGACAUUUGAUGCUCCCUUUCGACCAUCAUUAGACACCAAAAGCACAGUUCGAUUUGACCACUGUGGGGAUGGGAUUGGCCGCUAUAAUAUAUUCAACUACCACAGAGCCAACGGGAGGUAUCGCUAUCAGAAAGUGGGCUUUUGGGCAGAAGGACUCAUCCUGAACACAAGCCUCAUCCCCUGGGUGAAGACCUCCAUCCCUGUUUCCCAGUGCAGUGAUCCCUGCAAGAAGAAUGAAAUGAAGAGCAUGCAGCCAGGAGACAUGUGCUGUUGGAUAUGCAUCCCGUGCCAGCCUUACGAAUAUCUGCUGGAUGAAUUCACUUGCAGCGAUUGUGGACUUGGCUACUGGCCCAACGCGAUGCUGAACGCAUGCUAUGAGCUACCCCAAGAGUACAUUCGCUGGAAGGACGUCUGGGCUAUUGGACCAGUCAGCAUUUCCUGCCUUGGUUUCAUCUCCACCCUGUUUGUUUUUGGCGUCUUCGUGAAGAACAACGACACUCCCAUCGUCAAGGCCUCCGGACGCGAACUGUGCUACAUCCUGCUCACCGGGGUUUUGAUGUGCUACAGCAUGACGUUCAUAUUCAUCGCCAAGCCCUCUACGGCGGUCUGCACCCUGCGGCGGCUGGGGCUGGGGACCUCCUUCGCCGUCUGCUACUCGGCCCUCUUGACCAAGACCAACCGCAUCGCUCGGAUCUUCAGCGGGGUGAAGGAGGGCGUGCAGCGCCCAAGGUUCAUUAGCCCCACCUCCCAAGUGGUCAUCUGCAUGGCUCUGAUUUCUUGCCAGCUCAUUAUCAUCGUCAUCUGGCUCCUGGUGGAGACUCCUGGCACGCGGAAGGAGACUGAGCCCGACAAAAGGUACAUUGUCAUUCUCAAGUGCAACAACCAAGACUCCAGUAUGCUCAUUUCACUCACCUACAAUGUGCUCUUGAUAGUCUUGUGUACAGUCUAUGCCUUCAAGACCAGGAAAUGCCCUGAGAAUUUCAAUGAGGCCAAGUUCAUUGGGUUCACCAUGUAUACCACGUGCAUCAUCUGGCUGGCCUUCCUGCCCAUCUUCUACGUCACCUCUAGCGAUUACAGGGUCCAGACCACCACCAUGUGUAUCUCUGUUAGCCUCAGUGGCACAGUGGUCCUUGGUUGCCUCUUUACUCCCAAGUUACAUAUCAUCCUCUUCCAGCCCCAGAAGAAUGUCGCCAGCCAUCGUGUUUCCACCAACCGUUUUAGUGUGACCGCUGCAAGCUCCAGCCACUCACAUGGGUCAUCUUCUCAAUUUGUGCCAACAGUGUGUAAUGGCCGUGAAGUGGUGGACUCCACAACAUCAUCCUUGUGA